CCUAGAUCAGCUGUUUGCUGUCUGUCGCUCCUCUUCAUAACAUCCACAGCCUACAUAAACAACAGAUACUCAGUCAGCACACACACAGCCUCCUGGUCGGGUUGAAGUCAGGAGCACAGCAGCUUCACGUCGUUUUCAGGCAGCAUGAACUCUCUCCCAGGAAGAGCCGCACUGUCUCUGUGCAGGCGCACAGCAACAGCGGGCGGGAUGAGGGUCUUCACCGGUUCCCCAGGUCUCCCUGCUGGGGGCCUAUCGGCAGACAGUGCCUUUCUGCAGGCUGUGCGGGUCUGCCACUCCGGGACAAACCGCAAGGCCAGCAUCAGCACUAAGAAACGGGGCUACGACAUCACCAGAAACCCCCACCUCAACAAGGGAAUGGCAUUCACUCUGGAGGAGCGCUUACAGCUUGGCAUCCACGGCCUGCUGCCCCCUUGCUUCCUCUCACAGGAUGUUCAAGUGCUGCGUGUGACAAAAAGCUACGAAACACGCAGCAACCCUCUGGACAAGUACAUCCUGCUGAUGACGCUGCAGGACAGGAACGAGAAGCUGUUCUACCGUGUGCUGACCUCUGAUAUCGAGGAGUACAUGCCCAUCGUGUACACUCCCACUGUUGGCCUGGCCUGUCAGCAGUACGGCCUGGCCUUCAGGAGACCACGAGGUCUCUUCAUCACCAUUCAUGACAGAGGCCACAUUGCCACCGUGCUCAACUCCUGGCCUGAAGAAGACAUAAAGGCCAUCGUGGUGACAGACGGCGAGCGUAUCCUUGGACUGGGUGACCUGGGCAGCUAUGGCAUGGGCAUCCCUGUUGGGAAGCUGGCACUCUACACAGCCUGCGGUGGUGUUCAACCGCAGCAGUGUCUUCCUGUGUUGCUUGAUGUUGGCACGGACAACCAGGCGUUGCUCAAUGACCCUUUGUACAUCGGACUGAAGCACAAGAGAGUGAGAGGAAAGGAGUACGACGAGCUAAUCGAUGAGUUCAUGCAGGCGGUGACAGAUAAGUACGGGAUGAACUGUCUGAUUCAGUUUGAGGACUUUGCCAACAGCAACGCCUUCCGCAUGCUUAACAAAUACAGGAAUCGGUACUGCACCUUCAACGAUGACAUCCAAGGCACGGCCUCGGUAGCUGUUGCAGGCCUCUUAGCUGGUCUGAAGAUCACCAAGAGCAAACUGUCAGACCACACCUUUGUUUUCCAGGGGGCAGGAGAGGCUGCUCUGGGUAUUGCUCACCUACUCAUAAUGGCCAUGGCCAAGGAGGGCCUGAGUGGGGCAGAAGCUGCUAAAAGGAUCUGGAUGGUGGACUCAAAAGGUCUCAUUGUAAAGGGAAGAAGUCAUCUAAACCAUGAGAAGGAGGAGUUUGCUCAUGAACACCCACACCUGAAGACCCUGGAGGAGGCAGUGCACACUAUCAAACCCACCGCCAUCAUAGGAGUGGCUGCUAUUGGAGGAGCGUUCACUGAGAAGAUUAUCAAAGACAUGGCGUCCUUCAAUGAGAGGCCCAUCAUCUUUGCACUCAGUAAUCCUACCAGCAAGGCUGAGUGCACGGCAGAGCAAUGCUACAAGCUCACAGAGGGCCGGGGUAUCUUUGCCAGCGGAAGUCCGUUCGAAAAGGUGACGCUGGCUGAUGGACGCACCUUCUACCCCGGACAGGGAAACAACGCCUAUGUCUUCCCUGGGGUGGCUUUGGGUGUCAUCGCCUGUGGAGUGCGCCACAUAUCUGAUGAUAUCUUCCUCACCACAGCAGAGGCGAUAGCUGACAUGGUAACAGAGGAGAACUUGGCUGAGGGAAGACUCUAUCCUCCUCUCAGCACCAUAAGAGAGGUGUCUUUCAAGAUUGCAGUGAAGGUCGUCAACUACGCUUACAAACAGAACAUUGCUUCGGUGUACCCCGAGCCCAAGGACAAGGAAGCGUUUGUGCUGUCUCACAUCUACAGUCCUGAUUAUGACUCCUUCACUCUGGACACAUACAACUGGCCGCAGCAGGCCAUGACCGUCCAGGAUGUGUGAUCCUGAUCCUUCUGUCUCUCACUAAAUAUAACAUGCUGCCGUGGCGUCACGUACCAUUUCUGAAUUGCCUCCAUUCAGAAACAUUGCCAACAAUUCUUGCUUUUUAGUUGUCUGUUUCUUAAAUAUGUUUGUUUCUGUAAAUGUCACUGGUGUGUUCUCAAAUGAGCUUAGCAAUUCAACAUGCAGAUGAACUAGAUGCCCAAUUAUAGGCCAACCAACAAUGCAUAAUAUAUGUGAAGUGUUGAUAUGUCCUGUACAAGUUUUCUCUUUCAGCGCUGUACUUUUUUUGUUUCCUGCACUUGAUAUGAAGGUCUGACUGAGAAAGAAGAAUAUUUGUUUAUCUGUUCAACAGCAUAUCAGAUGUUAUAUGCACGUUUUCUGCAGCUUCACAACGUAAACUACACUCCAUUCAGCUGUGGUAGUAUUCUGUGCUCAGUGUCUGAAAAUCUGAAAUGCAUGAAAAACAACAGCAUUAACGCACAAGCUAGUCACGCACAAGCUAGUCACGCACAAUGCUUUCUCUUGUCUGACACAAAUGAACAGAGGACUCAUUUUGAAGCAUGGAAGAAGAAGACAAUUCUAACACAUCUAAUUUUAACAUACAGUACAAACUCAUAGUGCCUCUUUCUGCAACCUCAGGACAUCAUAUUCUCCAUAUCCUGAGUUAAUAUCUGUAUUUAUGUUUGCCAUGGUAGAGGCCAUGUGUUUAGCUUAGGACAGCAACAUGUGGUUCAUCUCUCUAGCUGCUUCUUCAUGCGUUUCUAUUCAAGAGAAUCAGUUACUCUUGAUGGGAGACAAAAGGAGGUUUGCUGAAUGUGUGCGUUCAUAGGAGACAUUGCUAGGGAUCGAGUGUCACCGGCAGGGUGUUUUUGUAUCCAGUGGUGUGUUUUCCUUUAGUUUUGUACAGUUCUUUACACGUUGUGUUUUUGCCAAAGUUGAUGAUGAACUGAAUCUUAUCUUUUACUUCUAGAAAAGAAAAUGCUCUGCAAGCUUUAGUACAGAGAGAUCUGCUUGAUGUUUUCAAAGGGAACAUGACAUUUUUUGAAUAAAAUUUUUAACUAAAUUGUGGAAUUUUGUCAUUUUUAAAUAUGUCAUAGCGACAUAGCUUUGCAUCUUGAUGUUUGCAACUACAUUCAGUUAUUUGCACUACUAGCAUUUAUUUGAUGUGUCUGAACAGAGAGAGCAUACAACUGACGGAGGGGCAUUUCCUGUUCAUCACCAUAUUUAUUUGGUGAACUUAA